CCAAUAGGGAGCGCCGUUGUUGGCACGCGCGGCAGCCUCAGCUGGCAGAGCGAGCGGGCGGGCGGGAGUCGUGUCUCCAGGGCCAGAAGUGCCUGCUCCACACCCUACGCAUAGUGGGCCCGAGAGGAAAGUCACAAGCAGCACCCGGACCUUUUCUGUAGAUGUGGCACUGCUAUGUUGAAAGACGUCAUUGGAAAAACUUUUCGACUUCUUGGGUACACCAUUCAGUAUGGGUGUAUAGCUCACUGUGCCUUUGAAUACCUUGGAGGAAUUGUUGUGUGUUCAGGACCCUCAAUGGAGCCUACAAUUCAAAAUUCUGAUAUUGUAUUUUCAGAGAAUCUUAGCUGCCAUUUUUAUAACAUUCAGAAAGGUGAUAUUGUCAUUGCAAAAAACCCAACUGACCCAAAAUCAAAUAUCUGUAAAAGAGUAAUGGGCCUGGAAGGAGAUAAAAUUUGUACAAGCAGUCCUUCAAAUGUUCUUAAGAUGCACAGUUAUGUACCUAAAGGACACGUUUGGUUAGAAGGUGACAAUCUCAGAAAUUCCACAGAUUCCAGGUGUUAUGGUCCUGUUCCAUAUGGAUUGAUAAGAGGACGCAUUUGCUUUAAGCUGUGGCCUCUGACUGAUUUUGGAUUCCUACGUGCAAGUCCCAACAGUCACAGGAUUUGUAAUGACUGACAUAUUCUCAACUAUAUAGUCUCAGUUUUUAUUAAUCUGUAAAAAAAUAGCAAUUUGUAUAUUUAUGUACAAUAAACAAUAAUUGUAAUAA